CAUAAGCACAUGAUCACUAUCGACUAUUGCCGAUUGUUACCGACUGACUCCAAACGGAAGUAACAUAACCAAAUGUACAAUGCAUACACACAUAUAUAUACACCUGUAUAUACACUAAAAUCGUGUCGAUCUGUUUGACUCAUACUUGAUACUGUAUAGUGAUAUAAACAUAUGUUUAAAUAAACCUGAUUGUAAAUUUUAAAUCACUAAUAAGCAUUGAAUUAUUGUUGAAAUUGAGUUGUAUUCGUAUCCUUUUUAAACAAUAUUGCCCUAUAAUACUGACCUAUAGUGCUUUAAUUCACCGCAAUAAUACUGUAAAAUAUUUAGAAAAGUAAUCAAUAUUUUAGUAAUGGUUGUCGCUGUUGUUUAAUACUUAUCCCAUACGUUGUAUACUUGUGACGCGUAAAGGUUAAAAAAGUUAUUCGGUAACAACCAUCAAUAGAAAAAAAUGGCUUUGGAAUCUGUGAAAUUGAUUGAUGAAGACGUAGAAAGUGGUGGAAAGGAACAGGAUAUAGAUGGAAUUGAAAAUAAUUUUACUUACAACAACAAUGUUCAUAACGCCGCUAUUGAGAUACGACUAGGUUUCCUUCGAAAGGUAUAUGGUUUAUUAAGUGUCCAACUUUUGAUAACGGUAUUAGUAGCUACAGUAUUUAUGGUAUUUCAACCAUUAAAACUCUUUAUUCAAGAAAAUCCAUGGACACUGCUGUUAUCGUUUAUGAUGACUAUAGGUACUUUAUGUGCGCUGUACGUAAAAAGAAAAGAUCAUCCAGCUAAUUUAGUGCUGUUGACAUUAUUCACAUUGACGAAGGCCUACACUAUUGCUAUAAUAGUGUCAAUGUAUGAUAUAGUUACGGUUCUGGAAGCUUUGUUCAUAACAUUGACAGUCAUGAUAGGAUUAACUGUCUAUACGUUUCAAAGCAAACGAGAUUUGUCCAUCUCAAGUUCUGGAUUAUUUAUUGGUCUUUGGAUUUUACUGCUCGGUGGUUUGAUGCAAAUAUUUCUGCAGAGCACUUUAAUAGAAUUGAUGUUAAGCAUUGGUGGAGCAGCAUUGAUGUCUAUGUUCGUAAUUUUCGACACUCGUCUAAUAAUGCAUACACUAUCCCCAGAAGAAUAUAUUUUGGCCACUAUUAAUCUUUAUCUUGAUAUAAUUAAUUUAUUUUUAUAUAUUUUGAGAAUUUUCGCAGUUUCAAAGCAAUAGAGUUUAAUUGUAUAUGUAUAUCUUUAGCCCGUUAAAUAUGACUUUACUUUUUCAAAUAAAAGGUUCUUAUAAAAAUUUGAAGCUACCUUAAAAAAAAAAUAUAGAAUACCUUUUGAUGUCACGGAUGUUCUGGCAAUAAAUUAUUUUAUAAGUAUUAUAAAUGGACAAAUUCCAAUGUUAAUGUUUUUAUUGAAAUUUAUAAACGAAAUAUAACUUAAGUUUACGAGGUUUCCA